GGCAAGGGGCCCAUACACCCCUAAAUCCAGCCUGUAAAUAAGAGCCAGAAGACAGGAAGACAGUCCACAGAACAGGGUGAGGUCAAACUGCGAGAAGAAGUGGAGUAUGUGUACCUCGCUGUUCACCUGGACAACAGACUGGAUCAGAGAUGCAACAGUAAAUAAGGCACUGUGCACAGAGCAAUUAUUUGUACAAUGGAAACAUUACUGAACAUCCUCGUCAUGAAACUAUACAACAAUAGUCUUCAGUCAGAGGCUUCUUCAGGGUUGCUGUAACGCACUGCUACAGGAGAUUCUUCCUGCCCAUAGGCAUCUACAACAGUUCAGAAGAUUCUUAGAUAAUAUGAGUUACAAGAACAUUUCAUUUCCUGUUGGAAUUAACAAAGCAUUUUGAUUUGAAUUAUGCCACCAAUAAAGCUAGCAGUAGACUGCAAAAUAACGUUUUCACCCAAAAUUAUAAUUGCCUAAGACAGAUCAACAAAAGCAAAAGUAAAAGUAAUCCAACAAAUGAGCAAACUCUAAAGCAAAACUUUCAUAUUUAGAAAAGCAACUAUAUUUGAAUACCAUUCACUUAUGCAGGUGAGCUUUGAUUAAAAGUUUUGAUUUUCGGUCAUAUCUUUAUUGUAUUUAAAUGACGUGGGUUUCAUUUUGUGCAUAUUUGUAAAAUUAAAAAAGGAAAAAAAAAGUAGUAUGAAAGCAGAGGGGACACCGAGGCCAGCUCCUUUCUACGGUUGGAUUUUUUUUGAAAGAACCGGUUGGAUACUCGCAGCUCUGCUCGCGACCAAUCGGAAGUGAGCUUUUUUCCCGCUGGUCGGCCCCGGAGUUUGAGUUUCCCGCAAGCUUUUUUAUUCGACUUGAAUGAAAUGAUUCGCUUUCCAGGAUGAAUAUGAGCAAUUUUUCCCUUUAACCACACAAGAGGACAUUCGACAGUUCGGUGAGCGUGGACGGGUCAGAUGGGAUGGACGGCAUCGGUAGCUCCCUGCCUGCAAUGCCUGAACCAUCCAAUCCGAUCAGCAUGAAGCAGCCGCCCGAGUCCCUGAGCACCCUGAAGGGCCGGGCGGACAUGGGCAGCGACCCGGCUCUGCUGAUGGACAAAGCCGCCGCGCAGCUCGCCGCCACGCUCCAGGACGGCGUCCUCCAGAAGAUGUCCGGCCACAACCACAGCCACGAGAGGCUGAAGGACCUCACCUCCCUGGUGCUGAACGGCGACCAGGACGCUCUGCCCAAGCUCUGCACCCCAGAGCCGCCCAUGCUGAAAGGCGACGAGGCGCCCGCCACCAACGAUGCCCACCAGCACAACCGCACGCCUCAUGCCGAGGCCGAGCUGAAGGCGACCGUACCGGAGGCGGCGGAGCAGCCCCCGCUGGAGCCUUCCUGUGCAGACGGGGCCGGCUUGGUCACAGCCACUGAGAGCGCUUCACCUGGUCCUGACUUGGGACAGGAAGCGAAGAAAAGGAGGGGGAGACCCAACAAACCCAAACUUAUUCUGAACCGCAGCUCUGUCAUCGCCAUGGAGACACCUGACCACACAGAGGUUAUUGGAGAAACAGAUGCGGCAAAUGAGCCCGUGGCCGUGUCCGAACAGCCGGAGCCAAUAACAGAAGAGGGUCCUGUACCUACGCGGUUCUGCGUGGGGGAUCUGGUUUGGACCAAAGUGUCGGGGUACCCAUGGUGGCCCUGCAUGGUGACCACAGACCCAGAACUCAACAGUCACUUCAAACAGAAACAGAAAGCCUUCAACAGCAGGUUAGGCCUCCUUUACCACAUCCAGUAUUUUGGUGACGCUCCAGAGAGAGGCUUCGUCUUUGAGAAGAACAUGGUGUCCUUCACUGGGGAGGAGCAGUAUGUGGAGCUCAGCCAGAGAAACAAACCACCAGCCUCCAGCGCUGCACAUAGAAAGAUGGCUCCCUCGGUUCCCCGUAACCUCCAGGCUCAGUGGAACAUGGGCGUCAUUCAGGCCAAAGAGGCUGUCGGCAUGGCACCGGACCAGCGCAUCGACAGCUUUGGGUUUACUUACGACAGGGACGGGCCCCAUCUGAACCCUCUCAUCUUGGAAAAGCUGAAUAUGGAUCCCACUGAUGAGACGCACAGAGCGACGGAACCCAGGCUGGGCCCGGACGUCCCCUCCCUGCCGAAUCCCGUAGCUUUUCCUUCAGAUGCACGAACUUCUGAGUCUCAGAAGAAAAAGCGACGGCCCAAAGUGGCUCAGCGUCCCGUCAAGCUAGCGAGGAAAAAGAAAGCGUCUUCAGUCAACGGUGUUGUUGUCCCCAAGAGGAGAAGGAAAGCUAAGCCGCUCACGACUACUGAUGACCCAGAGGACGCCUUACCUCAGAUUGCUCUUCUAGGAAGAGAGCAAAAGAAGAGGCGUAAAAGGCCGCUAGCAGACCCUGCAGCAGACAAGGAUCAGCAGCCCAGAAAGAGACGAAGAACUGGCAAGAAGGAAGAAAAGCAGGCCUCGGUUUCAGAGGAGACAAACAAAAAGUGGAGAAGAAAGAAGAAAACCGACAUUAAAGAUCUAAAAGAACCAAGAAAGCGAACAAAGAAGUCAAAAGAUGAGCAGAAUGUGGAGAAGCCGAAGCGGCGGAGGAAAAGAAGGCAGGAUGGAGAGAACCAGGCCGGCGCCUCCAAGACUCCAAAGAAGAGACGCUCCUCUCCCUGUCCUGACACUGAGGGUUCUGCAAGUGAAGAACGUCCCGAUUCUCCAAGCGACAGCCUAGACGGGACAAAGAAAGGCGAAAGGAAAAAAGAGUUUGUCUGUCAGGUGUGUGAAGUGGCCGGUGAGGACCUGGUGGCAUGUGAAGGCCAGUGCUGCGGCAUGUUCCACCUGCACUGUCUGGGUGGAACCCUGAAACCCGACGACAAGCUGCUAUGUCAAGAGUGCAGCAUGGGACUCCACUCGUGUUUCAUCUGCAAGCAGUCUGAGGCCGAGGUGCGGCGCUGCCACGUCCCCCACUGCGGCAAGUUUUACCACGAGGGCUGCGUCCGCCUCAACCCGCUCACCGUGUUCGACAACAAGGGCUUCCGCUGCCCGCUCCACACCUGCCUCAGCUGCCACUACGGCUGCCGCACCAAGCAGAAGGCUACCAAAGGACGGCUGAUGCGCUGCCUGCGAUGCCCCGUGGCGUACCACGUGGGCGACCUGUGCGUCGCCGCCGGGAGCGAGACGAUCACAAACACGGCCAUCAUUUGCACCAACCACUUUAACGCCAAGAAGGGCUACAGCCACCACAGCCACGUCAACGUCAGCUGGUGCUUCGUUUGCUCCAAAGGAGGACAGCUGCUGUGCUGCGAGUCGUGCCCUGCAGCGUUCCACCCCGACUGCCUCAACAUCGCCAUGCCUGACGGGAGCUGGUUCUGCAACGACUGCCGAGCCGGCAAGAAACCAAAGUACAGAGACAUCAUAUGGGUCAAGCUGGGGACGUACAGGUGGUGGCCAGCAGAGAUCCACCACCCCAAAAACGUCCCCACAAACAUCCAGCACCUCCGGCACGAGAUCGGAGAGUUCCCGGUCUUCUUCUUUGGCUCCAAGGAUUACUUCUGGACUCACCAGGGCCGAGUGUUUCCCUACAUGGAAGGAGACAGAGGCAGCAAGUACCAGAAGAACGGGAUAGGCAAAGUCUUUAAGAACGCUCUGUUGGAGGCCGAGGCUCGAUUUAAGGAGAUCAAGAUAAAACGGGAAGCCAAGGAAGCUCAGGAAAACAGCCGGAAGCCGCCUCCGUACAAAUUCAUCAAGGUCAACAAACCUUUCGGCAAGGUCCAGGUCUACACCGCCGACAUCUCCGAGAUCCCCAAGUGCAACUGCAAGCCGGCCGACGAGCGCCCGUGCGGCUUCGAGUCGGAGUGCCUGAACCGCAUGCUGCAGUACGAGUGUCACCCCCAGGUGUGUCCCAGCGGGGAGCGCUGCUGCAACCAGGACUUCACCAAGCGCCUUUAUCCAGACACCAAGAUCAUCAAGACCCCAGGCAAGGGCUGGGGGCUGAUCGCCCUGAGAGACAUCAAGAAGGGUGAGUUUGUGAACGAGUACAUCGGGGAGCUGAUCGAUGAGGAGGAGUGCAGGGCCAGGAUCAAGUACGCCCACGAAAACAACAUCACCGACUUCUACAUGCUCACCAUCGACAAGGACCGAAUCAUUGACGCAGGCCCAAAAGGAAACUACUCCCGCUUCAUGAACCACAGCUGCCAGCCCAACUGUGAGACUCAGAAGUGGACUGUGAACGGAGACACCCGCGUUGGCCUGUUCGCAGUCUGCGACGUACCGGCAGGAACAGAGCUGACCUUUAACUACAACCUGGACUGCCUCGGCAACGAGAAAACCAUCUGCCGCUGCGGCGCUCCCAACUGCAGCGGCUUCCUCGGGGAUCGGCCCAAGAACUCAAACGGCCACACGGAGCCAAAGGGAAAGCGCUUUAAGAGGAAGUACAGGAGGAGGAAAAGCGAGGGAAAGAAGAAGUCCGAAGACGAGUGUUUUCGCUGUGGAGACGGAGGGCAGCUGGUGCUCUGCGACAAGAAGAACUGCACCAAAGCUUACCACCUGUCCUGCCUGAACCUCACCAAACGACCAUUUGGCCGCUGGGACUGCCCCUGGCAUCACUGUGACGUCUGCGGGAAAAACUCGGAGGCCUUCUGCCAGCUCUGCCCCAACUCCUUCUGCAGGGCCCACCAGGAGGGGGCGCUGCGCCCCGGGGCCGCGGCGGGAGAGCUCUGCUGCGGCGAGCACGACGACACGGAGAGAGGAGCCGGCCAGGCCCGGACUGCCGGCUCAGAGUCCACCGGCGCCGCCGCCGGCCGCUCCAAAGGCUGCAGGAAGGCGGACGGAGCGGAGAGCAGAACCAAAGGCUCUAAGAGGAAAGCACCGGAAGCCUAACCCGACCCGAAGAGGGGCCCUCCUCCACAGCAACAGUAUGCCGCCACACAAACAGAGGCACCGUACGUAUUCAUCAUCAGGGAAUGGUGCUGACCUCUCACACGCUCAGCAUUGACCUUUAGCCUCCUCCUUUUUUUAUUUUUUUUACUUUUUGAACAUUUUCAGGUUUUCUUGUACUAGUCUGCACUGACGUGAACGUCUGUGGUAAAGCACAAAAUCAGCUCGGGAAACGCCGCCCCCGGACUUCCCACCGACCGAGCUGCAGCGUCAUAAUCACUCACUUCUGAUUAGUGUGGCCACAACUAGAAUCUCAGUCCAUUCAUUACCGCAAACAGCAGAACUCUAGGUGUUAUACAUCUGUUUUUUUAUAUGAGAAAAUUUUUUAAAAAAAACAAAACGAUGAAUGCUGUAAUAGCGUAAAAUGUGAGACAGGAUGCAGGUGGAUAGUCUUUUUUUUUUUUUUUGUAGAUCUACAAAUGUGCCAGAUGGAAGAUGGAGCAGCAGGACACUAUGGAUGGGCCUCUGGUCGUCUUGGUAGCCAUAGAUCAUGUAACUGUAGACAAGUUUUAAUUUUACAACCUGUUGUUUUGUUUUAGCUCACUUAUUUUAUUUAGAUUUUGUUUUUAAAUAGCAGCACUGGAAAUAAUAAAAAGAGAAGAAGAAAAAAAGAUCCUUUCCAGAAUAGCAGAGAUUGUGGAACAAAAUAAAGAGAACAAGAAGAAAACCUGUUAAACUGGUGUGAGAGGGAAACACUACAGGGAGCUCAAUGAAGGAACGAGAGCAGAACCAGAACCACAGUGUCACGGCGACGACCCACGGUGCUUUAACUCAUCCUGCUUCGGUCGUUUACAGACAAUACUCCCUUUGACCAUCAUCAUCAUCAUCAUCAUCAUUAUUAUCUCACAUCCUGAAACUGAGGGCGUUGUUGCCGUCGUCUGCUGAGAUUUCUGCUGUUGUAAAGAUUUGGGUCAGAAAACUUUUUAUUUUUCUUUAAUUAUUCCUCAGGAGGUUUUUAAGUCUGACGUUCUCUCUGACUACUGUUGAUACUGAAACACCGGCCCCUCGGGCUGAUGUGGUUUAUUAAAAAAAAAAAGAAAAGAACAAUUUCUUGAUUCACUAAUCAAAAUUGUGAAAGCAAAGCUGUUAACUGUUCUGUGGCGUCUCGUCCCGACUGUUUUGAGACUUCCUGUUUCCGCGCGUCGUCCUUCAGCACGACUUUCUGCGUUUUUCACAUUUUUCCUCCAGAUCCCGCAGACAUUUUUUUAACUGAUUUUUUUCAAACCUAAAGAUGAAUUACAUUUAGACGUUUUCAGAGGUUAAAGCGAAACUCUUCAGGUUCGGACCACAAGAUUAGAUCUGCUGGGAGUUUUUUCUGUAUUAAAUCCGGUUUUGUGUUUUGGAAAGGUUCCGGUAUCGGACUGAGUCUCGGUAUUCCUGGAAUUCCUGUCCAGUUGGUGCUCUGAGCCUUUCUGCCUUACUACUUGUUACCUUCCGUCGCUGGUCAAUCUGAACCUCUGGCCGUGCCGGAUUGUUGCGGACCGUAAAUCCAACGGCGUAUUGGGCCCGUUGUAGAUGGGCAGGGGGGAAAAACCCAGUACAUUUCUGCCAAAAAAAAUUUAUAUUAAUCCUGUUUUUUGGGAAAAGGGGCAAUUUUUGAGCUUGAAAAUCAAAUAUUUACGUCUUUUGGAAACUUUCUAAAGUUGAAAAUCUUCAACUUUUCUCUAGAAAGCUUGAGAUUACUUUGAUGAAAACUUUUUUUGCAAACGUUUGACUUCAACUUCUAAAAUGUACAAGUCUUUUUUUUUUUUUUUUUUUUUCCCUCAAAUUCCUGAGAUGAAUGUAGAAAUUUGAGUUUUUAUCUGGCAAGUUUUUGUCUCUUCAAACUAAGAAAUUUCAAAUUUUUCUUGAAAAUUAGAGUUUUGGCAGAAAUGUAACCUUUUUUUUUUUCUUUUCCCGUCUACAAUGGCCCUAACGUGCCGUCAUAGGUCAGAGCGUCUGAAAGUUUCCUUUGUACGUUGGACAGGAUUCUGACUUCUUUUUUUUUUCCCAGAGCUGGUUGGAGCCUUCAGACCAGUUUCAGAUCAUUAAGUUUAUCAUUAUUUCACGUUUAAUAUCUCUCCAAUACUUUUCAAUCUUGCCGAGGUUUCUUUUUUAUUUUUAUUUUUUUACACACACACAGUGCUUCCCAGAUUUAAAAGGAUGCCUUUUUGAAUUAGCUGCGCCUAUUUUGUCUUUAAUUUAUUUUUCACCCAAUGAGGCGAACGGGGAUUCAUCCACUGGGGCAGCGCGUCCGUUUCUUCUCGGUUCCAUCAUGCAUCCUAACCUUGUGUUGACUGAAUGUAGUCCAGCCAGUUGUUUUUCUAAUUUUUUCCCCCCUCUAUUAUUAUUUUAAUUUUUUUUUUUUGUAAGCACUGUAAUUCCCUGUAGAGCUGAAGUGUCAUGUGUGUAGAUGUUUCAUACUAUAACUACUGUCAUAGCAAACCAGAGACUAAUAUGUACAUAAUGUAUAAGUGGUAAUAGUGAUUCAUCUAUUGUAAAUAUCAUGCAAUUUCUUGACCCUUUUUUUUUUAUGCAGUGCUGAAACACUUGUGCAGGAUCUGUUAGUGAGUCAUGCAAUAAAGUGAUGGAACUAUUCA